AUCUCAUACUUCACAAUUCACAUUACCUCCGGCGCCAUAUUGCUGUCCCCGUGCGUGCGUUUGAUAUUGAAUCACUUGGCAUUUAGCUGUUCCUGAGCUGCAGGUAUUUAAAUCGACCUAAGAGGUUUCUUCAUAGUCGUGUAUAAUGGGUGACCGAAACAAUCCCAUAAAGUUUGGUCCCGAAUGGCUACGCAACCUCUCCAGAGAGCGUAGCGCUCGAUCUAACAACAACCAUAACGUGAACCCUAGUUCAGGCACUUCAUCAAUGGCUGGCUCCUCCGGAGGGCCGGUGGGAGCCACAUCAGCUAAUGCUCAAUCUUCAGCAGCAUCGUCAUCUACAAAUUCUACAACACCUUCAAAAGUCCUCCUUGCCAAACUUAGGUAUGGUCGGGAGGAAAUGCUAGCUCUAUAUGAUAGAAAUGCAGAGGCACCUCCAGAGUUGAAGGGUAUUGAAACCUUGUACCAACCGCGUGGGAAACAACCGGCAGCACUUAACAACACAUUUGAAGAUGAUGUCGUGAGUAACAAGAACAUGCACAAAAGGGAUAACAUGCGGAGUGCUCCUCCCAUUGGGCAUCCAUCCCUAUCUGGAGACAGAUUUUUAAUUGGACGUGGUCGAGGUCUGAUGAGUGACGGACGCGGCAGGCCCCGCGGUUCGUACAUACGUCAUCCAUCUUUGGGAAGGGGAGGAGGUAUGUGGCAUCUCAGUCCGAGGAUGCCUCUCUUUAAUGUCGGCGUGGAUGAAGACGUUGGUCCCAGUACUCGUCCUUGGGUUAAUAACAGCCUUAACGUCAGCAACAGAAAUAGUGGCGAUCAAACAACGGACUGGACUCCUAAAGUAUACAGGAACAAAAGGCCAGGCAAUAACACCAAUUGGCGACAGACGCAAUCAACCAGCCGAGAUGACGGAGAAGAAUGGCGGUCCCCGGAGCCGGGUAGAUCCCGCCAACUUGAGAAAUGGGAUAGGGACUGGGGUGACAGACCCUCCAAUGACAAACCUCAGCCUUGGAACAAUAGGCGCACGUGGGUCGCUGGAGAUUCCCAAAAUAAUGAAGAAAAUUUGCCGGAAUGGGCCAUUGAGAAUGCGGAGUGUGGAGGUACGUUUGAUGCAUCGGGAGCCUUCCAUGGUUACAGUAAUGAUGACAGCAACCUGCCUAAACAUCAAGAUUCUCCAUAUCCACUAACCAGGUCUCACACGCACGGUGGUGUAACAAGAUCGAAAAUAUUAGAAGGUUCAGAGGAAUGGUGGGCUUCAGAAAAGGCUAAAAAAUUAUCACCAAAACGUUUCGACGCGAGCGAUCUCAAAUUUAAUAAAAAGCAGGCUUCUACUGGAACAACCGAUGGUUCCAAUGCCAGUGGAACCAACAAGUCAUAUGCAAAUGAUGACCUCCAGGAGAUACCAGAAAAGUUGGAAGCUGAGCCAGAUGAAGAAGAGGAAGAAGGAGAGGCCAGUAACGCAAGCCAAGGUGAAAACCAAUAUGCAGACGAUAACGCAUUCUCACCUGAUAAGUUUACAGAGAGCAAAACGUUUGACGCACUCAUGAGGUCUGAUAUUGAUUUAGAAGAAGCAAGUGACGAGCGGGGCAACUUCCAAUCUGUCCUCAUAAAUGCCAACAACAGUCUGCGUCAGAAACAUCAACAUCUUGUGCCCUCUAUGAAGGACGGCCCAGGAACAAUACACAACAUGAAAGGACCAUUACAAUCUAACCAAGACAUGGAUCUCAAGUCUGCUGAAGAAUUGCUUGUGGACAACAUAUUUGGCAUGACACUUGAUGAUAAAGAAAUGCAUUCCACACAAGCGUCAAACCCAUUUUCCAAUUCCGGUAUGUCAUCGUCAAUACCACAAAAUCAAAAUAGGCCAAUGGGUAUGUCUAAUGCUGCAAUGCCUAACCAUGGGAUGAGUAUGGACAUGCAUCUGAAUAGCCAGAAUUUACAAUCACCACCAGUGCACCACGCGGCCGGAAUGCCACCUGUGGUAAUGAAUGCGAGUGGUAUGCAGCCAGGGAUGCCAUCAGGCAUGCAGGGAGGUUUACACAUGGGCGGGAUGCCUGUGGCUAUGCAGAAUGCCGGAUAUCCAUCACCCUUACAAAAUAUGCCAGGAAUGCCCUCAGGCCCCAUGCAAAAUUUGACGGGAAUGUCCUCAGGUGGUAUGCAGAACAUGCCAGGUAUGCAAACGCCUCGUGUACAAACUCCUGCAAUGCAGCCAGUUAUGCAAAACGUGGGCAUAACCAACUCUGCGCUGAAUGCCUCAUUGGGUCUACCCGUUAACCCGAAUAUUGGACAUCCUUAUCAAGGCACGCCACAGCAAGUUAUACAAAAUAAUUCUACUCUGGGGUCACCUGGCAUGGGUGUACUUGGAUCAUCCUCAAUGCAGGGUGGAGGGAACAUCCCUGGGUUCCCAUCCGGCGGUGGCAUGGGCAGUAUUUCUAAUAAUGGAAAUUCAUCUUUGUUCUUGUCACAAAAUUCUAAUAACACAUCGGUAAGUCAUUCUAUGUCUGCAGCGAGUGACAUGCCAAUCUCAAAUCAUUCGAGUCAAAAUAAUAAUAUGAUGAUGAAUUUGGGUAUGCAGGGAUCCCAGAAUCCAUUCGAAAAUUCUAUUUAUGCCAACAAUCCAUUGCCCGGUACCAGCUUAAUGGACCAAUGGUAUUAUGAGGAUCCUGAGAGGAACAUUCAGGGUCCAUUUUCUUCUAAAGAUAUGUAUAGCUGGUACAAAGCUGGGUUCUUCAGUCCCAGCCUGAUGGUGCGCCGGGCUUGCGAAACUAUGAUGAGACCAUUGGGCACCUAUGGACCAGUCGUACCAUUUGCUCAGAUGGAUGUGAUGUCACAGUUCCCAAUGUCCAGUGGAUUCGAUCGUCCACAGGGUUCUCACGACAAUCUGCUGAACUCACAGUCACUGGGUCUAGACGUCAUGAAUAUGGGUCCUAUGAAUUUACCCGAUAGCGCUCCCAUGGAUUUGCAAUUUGGAUCUGUGGGACUAUUGGCAAGCCAAAAUUAUGCCCAACCGCAAAUGGUGGAUUCGCUUUGGAGCCAGGGCCCGACCUCAUCUGGUGAUAUGAUGUGGAUGCAACAGCCGCGUAACCGCUCUGAAGCUCGGGUCAACAACCUCCCGAUGUAUUUUUGGCAGCAACAGCCCUCAGCCAUCAAUUCGAAUUCUCUCCUACCGGAGGAGAUUGCGAAGGAGAUGAAGACGGAAGAUCAAAUCCUGGCGCAGCUGCGUGCGACGCAGAACAUGGGCCCGCCGCAGUCGCAGCCGUUCAUGAAUGAGCUGCAGGGCCCCGCCCCGCCAGCCGCAAGCGCCGAAGACUGCUUCACUCCAAACGUCAGCGCGACUCCCAACCUGGAAGAAUUACACAAGCUCAUUCAGAAAGAUACCUUGACGGGUCAGGCCCCAGUCAACAAUGUCCCCGAACCUGAGAUCAUUGAGCCACAGCCUCCAGUGGCGAAGCCCGUGAAACUGGAACACAGUGUGAGCGAGUCGAGCGUCAUCAUCGUCAAGCCGCUGUCUAACAAGAACGGUGCUGAGCUGAAACAGCAGAAACAGGCUAAAGAAACCGAUAAGACCACAAAGAAUAAGGAGAACAAUAACACAAAGAAUAAGAAUAAGAAAUCUAAGGAAGACAAGAAAGAUGAACUUGAUAAUAAGGUGAAGGAGGAGGAAGCUGUGAAGGUCGAGAAAAGAUCACAGGAACCAUCGCCGCCCAAGAACAAGAAAGAAGAAAAGACCAAUAAGAAAGACAUUGAAAAGGAGAAGAAGGAGUGGAUCAAAGAAGGCUUUACUAUUGUGAAGGGAGCGGAAAAGAGCUCAAAUAAGGAUAAUAAGAAGAAGGCGGAAGAAGCGCGCGCUGCUGAAGAGGCUGAGCGUAAGAGGAAAGAGGAAGAGAAAUUAGCUUCUGAGGAAGAAAAGAAGAGGAAGCAGUUGGAAACGGCUAAGAAGCAGCAGGAACAGCAAGCGCAGCAACAACAGCGUCAGGCGUCUGAGUCGGUUAUAAAGAAGGCACCGUGGUCCUCGGUCACUAGCCAAACCAUGCAAGCCACAAACAAGGACGGACUCACUCUCGCAGAGAUACAGCGACUCGAACGCGAGAAGAAACUGGAACAGAUGAAGGAACAACAGCAAAUGAUGCAGAUCAUUGCUCAACAACAAGCCGCCGCUCUUGCCCGGGAACAGGAAAUGCAGGCCGGACUAGGUUGGGCCAAGAAAAAGGGCAACAACAACACACAAGGCCCAAGUUUAACAGAAAUUCAGGCGGAGACUCGCAAACAAGCUAUGGCUGCAGCCGUGGCAGCGGCCGCUGCUGCCAAGGUCGUCGAAGAAUCCGAGGCCGCCGCCGCAGCACCACCACAAACUAACCACGCCCCAUGGGCCAACACGCAUAAUGGAGUGGGUGGAUUCUGGGACACCCAGCCUAACUCAGGCAAGGACAAAGGCAAUGAUGCUCCGAAGCCGUCCGAGUCCACCGGAGCCAGGUCUAAGAAGAAACCGACCCUGCCCAUACCAUUGAAAAAGGACAUGGCUCCUGCCAUCGAGUUCGAGGCUUGGUGCACUAACGUGCUCUCUUCAUGGAGCUCAAAAAUUGAUGUGCCAACAUUUGUUGGCUUCCUGAAGGAUAUUGAGUCACCUUACGAGGUGAAAGAUUACGUCAAAUGCUACCUGGGCGAGUCGAAGGAAUCCAACGAUUUCGCUCGCCAGUUUCUGGAGAGAAGGUCUAAACUUCUCCGCGUCGGAAUGGUGACGCCAUCUGAUGAUCUUUGCUCCCCUGCCAUCGCGGUGAACCCGCGCACUACCUCCGGCUCUGAUUACCAGGAGGUAAAGGGCAAAGGGAAGAAAUCUAAGAAGAAUAAGAUGCUGAAGGUCGACGUGCGCAUACUGGGAUUCUCAGUGACUGCUGCUGAAGACCGCAUCAAUGUAGGCGACAUCGACACCGUGUGAGGUAUCGGCGCCUACCCUCUCGUGUUCACUCUUAACUCGCCUUGUGAUAGCCCAUCGGAGAUAUAAACACUUGUGUCGACACUUAAUCUUAAUACGUUCGAUGCCCCCGGGUGACUCAGCGUCGGCACCGCCCGCUGGUAUCCAUCGGGCCUGCUCGCGAGGCUGCGUCACCCCAUCGCACACUAACUCCCUCGAAUCAAUAAUACAACGCGCUUUCUCUCUCAAGCAGUCGACACUGUACAUAUAGCUGGCGUUGACAAUACAACGUGACACCGAGUAUUUCUUGUAUUUACGUCUUUUACAACUGCUACAUGCAAUUACAUUUUUUUUUAUAAAAUGAAUAAUAAUAUAAUUAUAGUCAUAUAAUUGAAUAAUAUUUUUUCAAUGGAAUAGCCGAUUUUAUGGGCAGACUUAUUUAUUUACACCGUUUAAUGCUUUUAAAAAUUCGCCGUAUUGUUCAUAAGCAAUCAAUAAAUCCACUAUAGCUGUGGAAUGUUUAGCGGUUUCUUUCUGGUUACCAAUUUCGGUUUUGACUGAUAAAGAAAACAUUCCAAAGCUAAACUAGUUUUAUUAUUGUUAUGAAUGAUACAGUUUUAAUUUAUUUACCUUGUAGUAAUACUUUGUGGCAUGUAAAGCUGUGUCGUCAGUGCCACCUAAUAUAUUUUUCUAGGUUUAAGUAUCGUAAGAAUUUGUACAUAUGUAUUAUUGAAUCGAGGCAUAUUACUGGCUGUCAAUUUCAUCUUCAAUACUUUUCUAAGCUGUGUAAAAUUUUAAACAAGGUUACCGAUUUAUUUUAAUUAUAGUAAUAAAGUGCAAGCAACAUGUUAUUAAACAUUCGCGUUACAUACGGUAUAUCUAUAUAGUGCGGGGUUAAUUAACUAACCAUCUCGCAGGAGCGUGAUACUAACAUCAUAGCAAUGAUUUCUACAACUUCUUCAUUAGGUUUUUGGCAGAUAUUUGGACCGAAGAAUCACAAUGUAGUCUAUAUAUAAAUGCACUGAGUAAUCCAGCUCACUACCUUGAUAUGCUGGCAGAUCUGGACUAUAAGAAUAUCUACGCAAUUCUUGUACACGAUUCCUGGUUAAAACCAUGCUUUCCUCCUAUUUCCUACUCCUUACUCGUUUUCCAAUUGAUAAGAAACCGCACUGGCUGUGCAAGCACCUAUACGUAUAACAAGUCGCGGAGAACCUAACGGGUAUCCGGCUCGGCGUGCAGGAGGAGGAACGGGGCGGUUUUUAGUCAGUAAGAG